AUGGAGUACUCGGGCAACACACUGUCGCCGUCGGAGGUGGAGAUACUCGUGCGGCAACUGAAGCCGAUUCCACUCGAACAAGUUGGCACGACAGAGUGGAAGGAGCAACGCGAGGCCGUCGAGCGGCUGAACAUGUGCACCCACAGCAACGCUGUGCAGAAGAAGGAUGACACCGUUAAGGCGUUCCUCAUAGAGCAUGAAAAGCUGCCGGUGCUGCUGCACGAGCUGUUGGUGAUUGAGAUGUGGCGCCAGCGCGUCCUGCCGUUGGUGAAAGAGGAAAUGGCGCGGAACCCUACGGCGAUGUAUAUGUACACUUACUAUGAGAUGGUGCUUGUGAACCUGAUCGAGUGCAUUGCUUUUUACGAGGAAGUGGUGGUCGCCUUGGACGAAGAUGUGCUCGAGCUGCUGGACUACUGCUGGCGCCAGGCCUCCCGACUCUUUGCAGAGAAUGGAAUCAAUGAGGUGCAGGUGAGUCCUACGCCGAAGCAGAUUAGUGAGGAAGAUGCCCUCCAACACGUGGAGAGGCAACUGUUCCAUGGCAUGGUACAACGUGCGAUGACCUCCCUGUCGAUCCUCUGGUUCAUCAUUGAUCGGCUAGACCAGUUACCGCUGGCGGUGUCGAAUUCGGUGUUUAUCAAGAACGACCUUGUGCUUGGCCUGUCGGAGGUCAUGCUGCUGCAGCCGUGGCUCCGUCGCGGCCCAGGUGUGGUGCAGAAGUACUCCAAUGGCGAGUUUAAGGACGUUCCACCAUCCGAUGCGCUUCUUGUCUGCACUCCGGAGGCCCACACCUGGUUCGCCCUCCACAAAAUGUUGUGCGACCCUGAGUGCCGGACCCGUUACCCGUACACACAGAGCAAGAAGGAACUCAUUCUGCGUAUUCGCCGCUUCUUCAAUGACACGCUUUUGGACCAGAUACCGGCGCUGGCCAGCGUGCAGCGAGCGCUGGAGGAGCUCUCUUUCAUGCAGCCGCCGAGCGGCACAGAGGCGAAGUUCAAGAGCACUCUUACCAUCGAGCAGGUGCCGCGCAUUUUGACAGCGGUGGAAGCGGCGCGGAAGCGUGGUUGGGACGAAAUCGCUGCCACCUUUACGGCCAUGCUGCGGGAUCCACGGUUGAGGAACGAGGAUGCGAUGAGGGUGGCGCGGAUCUUUGACGAGAUGUUCGCCGAGCAACAGCGGUAG